GCAAGGCGGCUCUUUUUACACCAUCCAUUUCAUUGAUUCAACUGGAACCUAAUUCUCACUCAUCAACCCCCAGAGUCGCGCUUCAAAUACUUCAACAUCGCGUGCGCGCAUCUGCAUCAGCCACAAUGUCGGAUAUCGAAUCUCUCCCCGAGUCCCCGGCGCCCGACCGCGAGGAUGCCGCCAACGUCUCCGACGACGACUUGCUCUCAGAAAUCGACGAGGAUCAGUUCGAGGACUACGACCCAGAGACGGCAAAUAUUGAGGAUCGCCCAGUAGCUGUUGACGAAGAUGUGGCCAAGACGCUCAAGGCGUCGAAGCGCAAGAUUGCCGAUGGCGCAAAAGCGAAGAAGCCCAAGGAAGGACGCCGAGAGAAGAGAUCACGCGAUGACGAAGUCUCUGGCGAUAUGGAUAUCGAUUCGAGAGGCCCGGCCAGAAAGUCUAGACGCCAAGCCGAUGCCGGCGAGAGGAAGCCGCGGCCCAGCAAGCCUGCCGAGCCUGAGAUCGACGAUGAGUCCCAUCUCAGCCCCGAGGAGCGCAGACGGAGAGCGAUUGAUCGGGCGUUGGACGCGGCCAUGAAGGGACCGGUCAAGCGCAAGAAGAAGAAGGACGAGAUUGACCUCGAGGACGAAAUCGAUGAGGAGAUUGCCGAUCUCAAGGUUGCCAUGGAGAAGGCUUGCGAAGCUGACAACACGGCGCGCGAGGCUGGCCAGCCAGCCGUUCACAAGCUGAAGCUCUUACCAUCAGUGACCGGUCUACUGAACAGGAACAACAUCCAGCACGCCAUCCUCGAUCCCGAUACCAACUUCCUUCAGCACGUCAAGUUCUUCCUUGAACCUUUGAACGACGGCAGUCUUCCGGCAUACAACAUCCAGCGCGAUAUUUUCACUACUCUCAUCAGACUACCCAUCGAGAAGGAGACUUUGCUGAGCAGUGGCAUCGGAAAGGUUGUCUACUUUUACACCCGCUCCAAGAGACCUGAACCCAGCAUCAAGCGCAUGGCCGAGCGUCUCCUGGGUGACUGGAGCCGACCGAUUCUUAAGCGAACUGACGACUACAAGAAGCGCCACGUUGAGACGCGCGAGUUCGACUAUGAAGCUCUCAAGAUGUCCCAGCGCCAGGCUGGAAGUUCCCAAUUCACCCUCACGCAGCGCCCGUCCCAAUCCGCCAGAGAAUUGGAGCGCGAGGCUAUGCUCGCACCCGUCGCCACCUCGAACCGUGCCCGUCCCGGCGGUCUCCCCGACAGCUACACUAUCGCGCCCAAGAGCACCUACGAUGUCUCACGGGCGCCUGAGCAUCGUCCCAUCGGUGCUGGUGGUUUAGAGGCGUUCCGAAAGAUGACGCAGAACCGUAAGAAGCGGUAAGGCAAGAAAGAGGGCAUGGUGGCUGUCGGGAUACGCUGGAGAUUAGCCAACAUGGGCCCCGGGAGAGGGGCGAUGAUUUUCCUUCACUGGGCUUGAUGAAAAAGAGAAGCUCAACACUUGUAUUAUUUGAGCAUCAAACUGGCGUUCCGGGGACGAGGGCUGUGACAAGCAAGGGAUUUUUAGGAAUCAAGACAAGAAGAAUGCAAACAUUUCA